AUGUGCCAAAACGAGUCGAGGACUCGGAUUAAGGUUCCCCUACAACGGGCCUACUCCGGUCAAAAACCCGUGUUACCAUCUUCGCUUGCCAAUGUUCCCUGCGUUAACCUUGGAGCCGAUGGACUCUUGAAUAGACUUAACACUAUCCUCGGAACUUCAUACACCCUGACACUCAUCAACGGCUACGAAUGGCUUGUGCCUUUUCCGAAAGAUGCCAACCUGGACUGCAUUCGUAUCGAAUUGCUUAAUCUCCGAGUCGGAGCGGAAGCGCCAAUGGGCGGAGGGAGGAUAAUAGAUAUGCGCAUGGAGGAAUGGAAUAUGGAUGUGCCCACCAUCGGGUGGGUGUAUUCGGGCUCUGAGCAGACUGCGGAGACUAGUCGGCAUUACAUUAUAGGCGGGAUACCAGCCAAUGACUCGGGAAAUCUGGAGGAUAUCAAGGAAAUGCUUGACAAGCAAAUGAUAUCGUUGAAGAAUAUCAGGCAUGCCCUUAAAACGGUUUUUGAUGUGCUGAUGCACAUGCAGACUCGGGUAUCAACCAAUCCUGCGGAAAAAGUUGCAGGAUUGGUAUAUCUACUGUCCUCGAAGAGCGUACCUGCAUACGAUGGGACUCGCUCUGUUGAGGAUGCCUGGACCGCAUUAGUGGAUGCAAUGCUUGAUGGGUAUCGUGGGGAUCUAUUUUUUCUGUAUCCCAAGCCUAGGGAGGGAAGUCAACGAUGGAGACCUUCGUGGAACCAGGUCAUGAAUGACGCACUUCCAUCAAACAGCGGGAACCGGUGGGAUGAGGACGUUCAGUGGGAUGAGAGAAGGGGGCCUAUCGGUGCUUUGAGGCUGUACUUUGCAUCGAAAAUGGUGAUAUACGAGGGUUGGGAGAUCCGCAAAAGCGACCAGGAGAGUUGGAAGUCAAAGAUGUUGACAUGA